GCCUGGCACUGAGUGGGUGCUCAGCAGAUGUUUGUGGGACAGAGAAUAAAGAACAGCAUGGACGAAGGCAUGAGGAGCUCCCCGCGGAGGCUAAGAGCCUUGGGGCAGGCAGGGGAGAUGGUCAGGGGGAAGGGCAGACUGGCCCUACCCCUCCUCUGCCACUGGACCUGCAGGACUCAUGCCUCUCCUUUCUCUCUGACCCCAGACACCUUGUGGCUGACCAGCGGCUGCUGAGUGGGAGGCAGGUGGCCUGGCCUGAGUCCCCUGGCAGGCUGAGAAGCGCCAUGGCCAGCAUCAUGCAGGCCUCCCUGGCUGUUCUCCUGCUGCUACCUAUGGCUGCUUCCAUGCACUCCGACUGCAUGUUCAAGCAGGAGCGAGCCCUGUGUCUGGAGAAGAUCCAGAGGGCCAAUGAGCUGAUGGGCUUGAACAACUCCUCCCGAGGCUGCCCCGGGAUGUGGGACAACAUCACGUGUUGGAAGCCUGCCCAUGUGGGCGAGAUCAUCCUUGUCAGCUGCCCCAAAUUCUUCCAGAUCUUCGAUCCUGACCAAGUCUGGGAGACAGAAACCAUCGGAGAGUUUGAUUUUGAAGACUUGAACUCCUUGGAUCUCUCAGGCAUGAGGGUGGUAGGCCGGAACUGCACGAAGGACGGCUGGUCAGAGCCCUUCCCUCAUUAUUUUGAUGCUUGUGGGUUUGAUGAAUAUAAUGAAUCUGAGAGCGGGGACCAGGAUUACUACUACCUGUCGGUGAAGGCCCUGUACACGGUUGGCUACAGCACGUCGCUCGUCUCCCUCACCACUGCCAUGGCCAUCUUGUGUCGCUUCCGGAAGCUGCAUUGCACGCGGAACUUCAUCCACAUGAACCUGUUCGGGUCGUUCAUGCUGAGGGCCAUCUCCGUCUUCAUCAAGGACUGGAUCCUGUACGAGGAACACGACAGCAGCCACUGCUUCGUCUCCACCGUGGAAUGCAAGGCCGUAAUGGUUUUCUUCCACUACUGCGUCGUGUCCAACUACUUCUGGCUGUUCAUCGAGGGCCUGUACCUGUUCACCCUGCUGGUGGAAACCUUCUUUCCUGAGAGGAGAUACUUCUACUGGUACACCAUGGUUGGCUGGGGGUCCCCAACGAUCUGUGUGUCAGUGUGGGCUGGGCUGAGGCUCUACUUUGAUAAUACAGGCUGCUGGGACAUGAAUGACAGCACUCCUCUGUGGUGGGUGAUCAAAGGCCCUGUGGUUGGUUCCAUAAUGGUGAACUUCGGGCUCUUCGUCGGCAUCAUCUUCAUCCUCGUGCAGAAGCUUCAGUCUCCGGACAUGGGAGGCAACGAGUCCAGCAUCUACUUCAGCUGCGUGCAGAAAUGCUACUGCAGGCCAGAGCGGGCUCAGCAGCACUCUUGCAAGAUGUCAGAACUGUCCACCAUUACUCUGCGCCUGGCCCGAUCCACCCUGCUGCUCAUCCCGCUGUUUGGAAUCCACUACACGAUAUUUGCCUUCUCCCCGGAGUAUGUCAGCAAGAGGGAGAGGCUGGUGUUUGAGCUGGGCCUGGGCUCCUUCCAGGGCUUUGUGGUGGCUGUUCUCUACUGCUUUCUCAAUGGGGAGGUGCAGGCGGAGAUCAAGCGGAAGUGGCGGAGCUGGAAGGUGAACCGCUACUUCGCUGUGGACUUCAAGCACCGGCACCCAUCCCUGGCCAGCAGCGGGGUCAACGGGGGCACUCAGCUCUCCAUCCUGAGCAAGAGCAGCUCCCAGAUCCGCAUGGCCGGCCUCCCGGCCGACAACCUGGCCACCUGAGCCCCUCCGCCCUCCUCCCCUCCGCACACAGGCUGGGGCUGCCGGUGGGCGCCCGCCACGCAUGUUUGCCUCUUUUCUCUCCCCGGGCAGGCCCUGGGCUGGAAGCCAGGCUCCCCCAGGGGGAAGAAGAAUGCAGGCGCAGAUGGGUAUCUCCCCCCUUCCCAUUUUGGCGCUGGGCCCACCCACCACGGACCCCUGGACCCUGACCCCAGACAUGUAAAUACUCCUCAAGUCUGGAAAAGUUGUCCCAUCCUGAUCCCUUUGUCCAGUGUCCCUGCCCACCUCAAGCAGGUCCCAGCUCCACCUACCCCAUCUCCUCCAGCCUCAGCGAUCGCCUGACCUGGUUGUGAGGCUGACGACCUUGCUUUGGGGGUUCGGG